AUGACAACGGAUCCUCUUGGUUUGGUUGCCUACGGUUUCUCCGAUCUUUUGAUCUUUUUUUUUAAUGCAUCUGCGACGCAAUUUUUUUCUACUAAUACAAGUUCAUUUCUCGGUUGGACAUCAUUCGAGCCAUAUGCCAUUGAUUACGAUGGUAGUCUUGCUAUUAUUGCUGGUUUUCUCAUGAAUGAACGAAAUACACGUAUUACAUACGACGCAGCUAUUGUUCUGCUUGGUAUUGAUGCAUCAACAGGCAUUGUCAACAUAAUUCAUUCGUGGCAGAUUGGACUAACAAAUCCAGGUGCGAAGAAGAAUAAUCCUGAAUUCGCUAUAUCUGUCAGUAUAAAUCCGACAGCUAAACAAGCCCUUGUCGGAAUUCAGUCGAUGAAUACAGUUUUUCUCUUCAGUUACACAAAUACAACACUGACAUUGAUUACUUCAAAAAAUAACGGUCGAGGUAUUGGUUUCGGCAAAGGUGUUGCCUGGCUCAGUGACACUCUCAACAGUGUUGUUAUUCUGGUCAACGUCUAUUCGACAAGUUACGUUUGGAGUUCUUCGAAAGUCUAUGUCUAUGACAGUCCAUUGACGAAUACUUCAAGACCCAUCUCAAUUUUCCCCAACAAUGAACAACCGCUCUAUCGUUACAUGUCUCCUACUUUACUUAAUAUCAUUACAACUUCAAGAGAUUUAGCUCUUCUUGGUGAUGGAGGCGGUCUAUUUGUCAUUCUCUCAGCUGACAGUGGUUAUUAUGCCUCAACCAUUGGGCCGAAUGUUGAAGCUGUGCCGGCAUUCUCCUCUCAACUGCCAUGCAUACCCGGCACUUAUAAGAAUGUAACAGGUAUUCGUCGGUGUUCACUCUGUCCACCAGGAACAAAAAAUGAUGGCACCAAUCCUACAGUAGCAACCUGUGUUGCUUGUGCCGUAAAUACAUUCUGUCCUCUUGGCUCUACAAAUAUAAUUGGUGGACUUCGUAUAGGUCUGAGUGGUCCUGGUAAAAAAGAAUCUUCUACAGCAACGCUCCAAGAUUUAGGUUUUUCAAAAACAUUCAAUCAAAGUGAACAUAUACUUGGAACAGACGUCCAUAUGACCCUUCAACUGACAAAAGUAAUCAAUAAUACAAGUCCACUUGUAAGUGGUGAUGAUGAAGUACUGAGUGGAAUUUGGAUUGGUUCUUUUUUGCUGAAUGACUACGAAUCAUUCAUUACAAACACUGAAUAUUUAAAUCAAGGAGCAGCGAUGUCAACAACUUUGACAUUAACUAUCACUGAAACACUCUAUUAUGUACUAAAUGAGCAGUCACCAAUAGCUAGAUUACCUGAAAUAGUUUAUCAUGAUUUCCUUUAUAUAACAACGAUUAUUGGAAUGGUUGUGCUCGUAUUUGUUAUAGUUGAGUGUAAACGAAAUUCUGAUGAUAAAUACCAAACAGAUAGUAACCGUCAGUCAGUUACUAAUCACGAUAAUGCAGAAAAUUCAAUUGAUAACUCAAACGGACAACCAUCCAAUAGACACACGCACAAUUUCGAUAUGAUUAGUAAUGUUGCUUCUGUUCAAAGACCGAACUACACUUCAGAUCAAUAUGCUAAUUCAUCUGACAAUAAUACUCAGCAAUCACCGACACUUUGGAAUUAUCAAACAUACUUUUGA